GAACUUUUCUUUCUUUUCCGCGCUUCUCUCGAUUUCUGCUUUCAUUUGUCAUUUCCACACUUUUUAGUGCACAAAACCCUUGUUGUUGAAUCGAGGCAAAACAAUUUACGCCCUUCACAAUUCGUGCUAAUCAGCCCAAGCAGCUCGGAAUUCCCCACACACAUACACACACUCGACAUUUCUGGGAUUCAUAGCGUGGAAAUAGGAUAUGUUUGCUUGUAUCCGAUCCGGGCCCCUACGGAGCCUUUCCGCAAGCGCAAGCUCGUGUUGUGUUAUCCGCGAUUCGGAAAAGACCAACGCUCCUGCCAAGGGCAAAAAGGCAGAGCCCACAGCGGCAAUUGAGGAGGAUGAGGAUCUCAACUUGGCUAAUGAGCCGCAGAUCCUGCGUGCCGAGCCUAUCCAGGCGAUGCUGAACACGGAUGACGAGCCAAAGAGGGUCAAGCCCGAGCGCUCUCUGGGAUACAAGGGCUGGCUGAUCACCGAGGGAGGAGCCUUCAAGAACACGCGGUCUGGAAGGACAAACUAUAUUGGUGGAAUCAACAAGCCAUUCCCGUUGAACCCCUACUUCCGGCCCCGGGCGCCCAUCCCCGACGCUAAAAAGGAGGCACUAUACGCCGAGUACUUGCAGGCCCCCGAGAAGAACACUCCGCGCGUCCUGGGUGAGAAGUACUCGAUCUCACUCAAGCGCGUCGAGGCCAUUCUCAAGCUCAAGGCCAUCGAGCACCAUAUGGUUGAGUAUGGCGAGAUUGUUGCGCAGAAAAAGUUUACCGCCGGGAUGGAGAGCAUGCUGGGAGUGUCGCCUGCGGCGCGCACGUUGACGGAAAACUUGGUAUCGCAGGUUACGCGUGUCAGCAGCCCCCGCUUCCACGCUGUUCCCGAGGGCCAGUCGUUCACCGCCGCAGAUGCCGCUGAGGUUCUGGGCCGCAAGCCCUACCAGCAGAUCAUGGAUCGCAUGGCUGCCAGCAAGCCCUAUGUCAUUGACUAUGAGGGCCUUGAUGUGCGCUUUGCGCCGCGCCCGCAGAAGAGCCUGAGCAAGUCCGAGGCUGCCAAGCUCGAGUCGCUGGGCCAUGCGGAGGAGCAGAUCGUCGAUAAGGAUGAGACGCUGGGCAGCAGGCGGUGGAAGUUUGUCUUCACCGAUAUCAGCAAGACCCAGGACAUGAAGGAUCGCGAGGUCCUCAUCCGCGAAACGGACGGCACUCUGAAGAAGGCCGGCAGGGAGUACAAGCUUAAGCGCUACGGCCAACUGUGGCAGCACUAAGCUAGAUCUAUUAUCUUUUAUAAAAAAACGUCAUAUACUCAUACAUACUCGAUUUGUUGGAGUAAAAGAAAUUUGCGUAUCGCUGACAUUGUUUGGCCAAAUGUGUCAAGUGAAUUAAAGUGACCAUGGAUG